AUGGCAAUGCCGAUCACUCCACCAUCGACUUUAUCAAAGGAGACUACCAAAAAUAGUAGUCCAAGUCCUUCACAAUCUUCUUUCGGUCUUUCUAAAAAGAUUCCUUCUAUUUUUAAAGCUAAACUUAUGCAAAAUAUGCAAUCUGAGAAGAAUGAUUUGGUUGAUUAUUUGUCUGAUCGUUGUGAAGAUUUGACCAAUCCCAAAUUUGACAUAUUAGUAUGGUGGAAAUUGAAUGAGCACAAGUAUAAAAUUGUCUCCAAAAUUGCCAAAGAUGUAUUAGCAAUUCAAAUAUCCACAGUCGCUUCAGAGUCGGCAUUUUCCAUGAGUGGUUGGAUUCUUGAAUCAUUUAGGAGUUCAUUGAGUGCAAAGAUGAUUGGGGCCUUAAUAUUCACGGAGAAUUGGUUGCAUAGCAGUAAUGAACCUAUACUAUUUCGUCAAUAUUUGGAUGAGGUAGAGGCAUUGGAUGACUCGGAGAAAGCUAUAGAAGGAAGCGGUUUGGUUUGGCUUUUAUGUAUUUCCAACGCAAAAAGCUGUACCUGUCACGACACCCUGUUUAAUGCGUAUACAAAUACACAGAGUGCAGAUUUUGCUUUUCCACAGUUGCCUGCAGUUUCAGAAUUCAGACUCCCUGUUUCCCAUGAAAAGGGUAUUGAUGCAGAAAGUAAGAAAAGGGAAGAAUCGUCAUCAUUAGUUAAGCUUGAACUUGGAAUUGCUGGAUGUGGACACAUAAACCCCGUGAGACAAAAACAAGAAAAGGCAGAGUCUUCGUUCACUGCAGAACAAUUACGGGAGCUGUACUAUCAGACUCUUGUUUUCAAUUUCAUAGCUUAUGGUCUCCCUGUGCCCUUUCACUUCCUUUUACCCAUUUGGAAGAGUAUAUUUCAGUCCGAUCCCAGCUUCACAGGUUUCAGUAUUCAGAAUUCGGAUCAUGGGAGUAUGAUGGAUCCUGAACUGGGAAGGUGUAGAAGAACUGAUGGAAGAAAGUGGAGGUGUAGCAAUAAUUCUCUGCCAAAAGAGAAAUAUUGUGAGCGGCAUAUGCACAGAGGUCGUAAGUGUUCAAGAAAGCAUGUGGAACGUUCUAAAUCUGACGCCGAUAAUGAAAUCCUUACAUCCAACAUUAUAAAUAUACCUUCUAAAACUAUCUCAGAUCCCAGUUAUGAUACCCUUACACCCGACAUCAGAAUUAAGCCUAUAAGUUCUUCUAUCCCAUUUGACCUUGAUCUCACCUUCUCGUCUUCCAAUCCUAGCAAUGGUGUUCCAGCAAUCAAACAUGGAAGCAACAAAAAUCAUGACUUUAUUCAACCAACCAUCAAGGCCUGCAGGCAUAAUGUUGAACUUAAGAACAAUCUCAAUGGUGAUGCUUACAAUGCCGCUACUAUCACCCCCACCAGGGCUUCUGGCAAAGAGGCUAUUGGAAAUAGCAGCAUGAAAAACGGAAAUCAUGACUCUGAAGGCAAGGAUGCUGGCUUUAACAAUGUCAAAGCCAGGAAAGUCCAGAUCAGAAACAAUAAUGUGUUUGAGAACAAUUAUGCUGGUUCCAAUUCUCCUGGAUUUGGUGUUUCCCGAGAUAGCAUUCUUCAAAGUGUUAGCAGUUCAAGAUGUGUUACCUUGGGCUCGCUUAAGGAGACCCUCACAGAAGCUGAACCACACAGAUGCAAGAGAACGGAUGGUAAAAAGUGGCGAUGCAGCAAGGAUGUUGUUCAGGGUCAAAAUUACUGUAAUUCGCACAUGCAUAGAGGGACCAAAAGGAUGGUUUUGGAUUCAGAAUUGGCUAACGGAGCACGGUUUACUUCUCAGAGUGGUUGCACUUCUCAGGCCAUACCAAAAGUCGCCUAUGGCAGCAUCAACUUGAACGCCAAACCGGCAAGCCCUCAAGAAUUUACUGAAAAUAAAUCUACCAGCAGUAGUGAUGCAACCACCAUCACCGAUGAAAAUGUCAGCACUUGUUAUACACUGGCUAUCUCUCCAUAGUGGUAAUGGACGGACAUGUUAUCUUGAAGUUUAUUAUUAUUUCUUGUUGGCCUGAGAUGUCUUCUGGUGUGUGUGUAUUGAUGAUAUACUUGUUGCAGUGGCUGGUUUAAGUAAGAACGAGGGAGGAUUCUUCUGAACUGUAUCAAAUACUAUCAACCCGUUUAAAUUAUUAUAAUUAAAGUGGAGUUGGUAAUUAAA